AUGAGUUACAAUCAACAAGGAAAUACACUAAAAGGUGUGCCCAUACCCAAUAAGAACAAGCGUUCGGAUAAUCAUACGGUACACGGAGCGUCUAGCUCAUCGUUGCACCAUGAUUCGUUUAGCCCAUCUGCUCAGCCGCCAUUUUACAACCCAAACGAAAUAUCUCAUUCACAGAACUCCCUAAGCCGCCAGAGUUCAAGUCUGCUGACAUCCAACCUUCAGAAUCGCAGGACUCAGCCUGCCUUUCUAGAGCCAGAAUUGUACUCCAAUUCCCCCAAUGAGCAAGCAGCCAGGUUUCAACCUUACGUCACUCAUAACAAUCACAACUCACCAAAUGUCGUAAGUUCUUCUUACAUGUCCCAAAUGGCGAUUCAAAGACCUUCAUCGGAAGCUGUCUCUACUUCUGUCCUCCCCAAUGGAGGUGUUGGCAGUUUCCAGCCUGCUGUAGCAGCUCCUACUACCAACUUAUCCACAGACAAUGCCUUUUCAAAGCCGAUACCGGUGGUGACACCUCAACAUCCUGGCAGUGGGUUCCAUCCAACGUUGCAUUCACACCUUGCUUCGAGUCAAUUUAUUAAUCCUCAAAACUAUGGCCAUCUGUCGCAGUCAGUUCCUAAUCGGCAUUUUGGAGAGUUUGAAGUUAUGAAUCGAUCCAAGCAGCAGCCAUUUAACCCGAUGCAAUCGAACUAUCAGGCCCAAUCCCCUCAACUACUUCCGCAAGAAGCACCACAACCGCAACAGCAGCAAAAUGUCAAUGAAUUGGAUCCUAAUGACGAUGAGGUCCUAAACAUUGCAGAGUUCCCUAUACAGGAUCUUUUGCUAAUGUUGAGUUCUCUACUACAACAGAUAGUGGAGGCAAAUGACCUCCUCCAUCCGGGAUACUACAAGAAAGCCCAAGAUAAAGAGCACUUAAUGAACGGAAACAACAAGUAUAUUGUAUCAGUUCUAGCCUUUCACGGCAGAAACAUCCCCACAAUCUCAUUGCACGACUAUCUGAAAAGGAUUCUAAAGUAUUGCCCCGCUACUAACGAUGUGUUUUUAAGUUUGUUGGUGUACUUUGAUAGAAUUGCCAAGAGGGCCAACGCAGGUGAAUUCAAAGAUCUCCACUCGCUCUACGAUGGUUCUAACGAAGAACAGGCAUUCGUUAUGGACAGUUACAACAUUCACAGAUUAAUCAUUGCUGGUAUCACUGUAGCAUCCAAGUUCUUUAGUGAUGUCUUCUACAAGAAUAACAGAUACGGCAAAGUUGGAGGAUUGCCUUUAGAAGAGCUGAACUACCUAGAGCUGCAAUUUCUUAUGUUGCUAGACUUUAAGCUAAUGAUCAAACUCGAGGAAUUAUACAAAUAUGGUAACCUUCUCCUCAAGUUUUGGAAGCGGGAACAAUUGAAGAAGAAAGAGAAGGAGAUACCUUGA